UCUGUCAUUACUCUGUUCGUUCUGUUCCUUUGGCGGGUUGGAGACAUCGCAGAAGCUUGCAAAUGCCCCACUCCAAAUCUUCAACUGGCUUUUUGCAACGCAGACGUCGGUAAGGCAUUUUUGGCAAGAUUUGACUAACUUCUCUUCACAUGUUGAGUUACUACUGUAUCAGUACGCAACAUGCUAACAUUUUAUGAAUUGUCUGUGGUCGUUGUAAUAAUAAUAAUUGGGACAUUGUUAUUAAGCCUAUAUUUACAUUCGCACACAAUUAUUUACAUAAGUAGGCAACAGUAAAAUGGGCUACAGCCAGGGCUCUCCAACCCUGUUCCUGGAGAGCUAUGCUCCUGAAGGUCUUCAAUCCAACCCGUUGUAACUAACCUGAUUCAGUUGAUCAACAAGGUAAUUGUUAGAUUCAGGUGCGCUAGAAUAUGAUUGGAAUGUAAACCUACAGGACGGUAGCUCUCCAGGAACAGGGUUGAGAACCCUGCGUUAUAUUUUGAUUUUGGCAUAAACAGUAUGCCUACAGAUGCAUUAUUUGUCCAAAAGCUAAAUGAGAUAGCUACUGAGUGUACAAAACGUUUAAAGGCCACCUGCUCUUUCCAUGACAUAGCUUUCACCUGGCCAGUCUAUGAUCCCUACUGAUGUCACCUAUUAAAUCCACUUCAAUCAGUGUAGAUUAAGCGGAGACAGGUUAAAGAAGGCUGUUAAGCCUUGAGACAUGGAUUGUGUAUGGGCUAAAUGUAAGACAAUAUUAACACAAGGUACUGUUGUAGUGUAGACUAUUGAAAUCAAUUAAUAUUGGUAGGCUAUAUCACUUAUCUUUGACAGGUAAUCUGUUUCACUAUAUUAAGAGGGAUGGCCUGCUUUAUGUACAACAUACCGGUAAUAACAAGAGGGAACGGUGAAGGGUGGAAUAGUCUCUCCUAUUUCCUGUCACAUUGAUCCUCUAUGGCAUGUGUCAGACUCAUUCAACGCAGGGCCGAGUGUCUGUGGCUUUUUGCUCCACCCUUGUACUUCUAUGAUAUCAUGGCGUUCAGCAAACAAUCGUUUAAGUGCAUGCCGCCACCUAUUGUGCUGGAAUGUACUAUCAAUCAUGAUCCGCCCAAUUCUGUACUACCAUGAAAAUAAAAUUCAAAACCAAAUAAAUCCCUUACUUCUCCCUCCCCCAAAACCCCAUUAAACUUAAUCUAUAUCAUGCUGAAACACUCCACCCUUAGGAUUGUUCAGCAUGUCAACAACCAUUUCAACAGUAACAUCUGUUACCCCUAAUAUCUCUUUUGCCAUCUCCACAUUAACUUUCAACCUGACAUUUCUGCUUUCCACAACCUGCGUCGUAUUGAUAACCUUAUCAAUAAAAGCUAUGAAGUCAACUUUAUUCAUUAUCAAAGUGUCCUUUGACACCGCACAUUCAUGAGCACAAGAUGUUUUGCCUAUGCGCAUGUGUGUAUUCCGGUGCAGUUUUUCCCAAAGAUUGCUGACUAGCUUCCUCCUGAACCGACAGGAGCCUCAGAGCAGGCCAGGCAUAUUCCUCUCUGAUUACAGCGGAGGCGCUCAUAUGCCUCUCCUAUGCGUAACAACGUUAAACCUUUAGUGUCUGACUGACCAGUAUACCGGAAUGGUUUAUUUCAAUAAUGUUAGUUAAACCAUGUCUCACUCUUUCCCUCUUCUAGUGAUCAGGGCCAAGGUGAUUGGAGUGCAACUUGUGUCUGGUAACAUCCACAAGUAUGACAUCAAACAGAUCAAGGUAUGAUCAGCCUUUUUAUUAAGUGGUUGUUCCUUCCUGCACUGAAACAUUGAAGCCCCCUGAACCCCAAUCUGACAGCUGGUCCCAAUUCGCUCCCUUCCCCUUAGCUCCAACCCUUCAAUGUUUGCAGAUCUGGGUAGGUAUAAGCAGUGUAGUUGUGGCGCGUCCACCCUACUGGUCCAAGACUAUGGCGACGUCCUCUAUAUGAACUCAGCUGCCACUUCAAUAAAGCCAUUAGAUGCAGUUUAUCAAGGCUUUAUUACGGGCGACUGGUUUAGUACUCAUCACUACAUUCUCUACCAGAUAGUUGGUUGGCGCUAUUUGAUGUCACAGGUUGAUCAAUUGCUAUAUUUUCUUUUAUGAAGCCCUAUUACAAAAACUCUCACUGUACCUUAUAUCAUUACUAACCUUUAGACAUAUGAGUUACCACACCUGGUCUCAGGGAUGGCUAACUCUGGAAAUUCCUUUGGUCUCUGAGUUAGGUAAAGCAGCUUUUUUUUUUUGCACCGAAUAUGUAGAACAAUCUUCAACAUUUUCUAAACGUUGGAUGUUUUGGUGCGUCUAGGGCAAUUCAGGAAACUGAUUGAGGACCUUAAUACUGAUUUGUUUUUUUAAAUGACUUUAUGCUUGCGUUUUGUGUGUUCCUGUAAUUCAGGGCUCAUCUGUAAAAUAGACCUUGAUUAAAUAAAGUAUUGCUUCCACCUUACAGAUCCGGAAACAUCAAAGGGCUUUAGACUGAGGGGAUGGUGUAUAAGAACGGAAUUAGUAAAGACUGACAGUGCCUGAGAGCUGCAGUCAGUGAGGUUCAAAACUGUAUAUGUAGGUGUUUGAAAGAGCUUUCUUUUUCUCCUUGUGAUUUGCUAGAUGUUCAAAGGUCCUGACCGGGUUAUCCACGCCGUCUUCACUGCAUCCUCCCCAGCCGCAUGCGGCGUGACUCUGCAAAUCAACAAGGAGUAUCUCUUCAUAGGUGCGGUUCUCACUACGUUACCCAAGUUCCAUUGCCAGCAGUGGUUAACCCUAUCAGUCCUGAGACCCCAGCAAAAAUGUGCUUUUCAUUUAUCUGCAUGUCCAGCCCUUAAAUGUAGCCUCACAGUAAAGUGCUUUACCAUUUUAUUUUCAGGACAGCCAGGGCUACAAGUAAAACACAAAACAAUUUGACAUAAACAGUUGCAUUCAUGAGUUUUAUUGACAAAUGUCAACGACAAAAAAAUCCACCAAGUCAGAAACUUGAAAAUGAAUUUAUGAAUGCUCUAAGUACAGAAAUUGUUUCCUCAGUGGGAAAUUAAUAUCCAGCUAGUCAGUGACAACUGUUUGGUGUUUGUGACAGCAACUAUGUAAGCGUAUUACAGUAUUAAAGAUAGAUCAUUGGAAAUCCGAGGACAUAUGUAGAAGAACCCCUUACCUUCUAAGGACUCUUGUGAGCUUCGUGGAGCAAAACGUGUUCAUGAGUCUCAGCUUUUCAUAAAUUGCUUUUAAUAGUACUUCAAACCAUUUGGACUCUACAGACGUUUUUGUAAAAGACCCUGCCCUUGGCCCCUUUUGGGAUCUGCCCUUGUCUCACAAACCCUCUCCUACCUCAGCCGCCGUUAAUCACAAACUAAUGGUUGGUACCAACAUUUGCAGAAGAAAUGGACUAAUCCAAAAACUGGGCUUACUCAAGAAAGCCCACCUUGAAUCCCAUUUUGAAGUAUGCAAAAAAAAGCUCAACACUUGGGAUUCUGUAGCUAUGUGGCAAAAAGUUGUGGUCUGACAAAACUAAGAUAUAACUUCUUGGGCUAAAUGCAAAGUGUUACCCAACACUGCAAAUCACUCAAAGAACACUAUCCCUACUGUGAAGCAUGGUGGUGGCAGUAUCAUGUUAUGAGUCUCAUCAUGUUAUGUUUCUCAUCAUUGGGGAUAGAAGGGAAAAUGAAUGGCGCAAUGUACAGUGUACAAAAAUAAAAGCAACAUGCAACAAUUUCAAAGAUUUUAAUGAGUUAUAGUUCAUAUGGAAAUCAGUCAAUUGAAAUUAAUUAAUUAGGCCCUAAACUAUGGAUUUAACAUGAUUGGGAAUACAGAUAUGCAUCUGUCGGUCACAGAUCCCUUUAAAAAAAGUUAGGGGCGUUGAUCAGAGAACCAGUCAGUAUCUGGUGUGACCAUUUGCUUCAUGCAGCACGACAUUUCCUUUGCGUAGAGUUGAUCAGGCUGUUGAUUGUGGCCCGUGGAAUGUUGUCCCACUCUUCAAUGGCUGUGUGCAGUUGCUCUAUUGGCGGGAACUGGAACACUCUGUCGAUCCAGAGCAUUCCAAACAUGCUCAAUGGGUGACAUGUCUGGUGAGUAUGGAGGCCAUUGAAGAACUGACAUUUUCAGCUUCCAGGAAUUGUGUACAGAUCCUUGCGACAUGGGGCCGUGCAUUAUCAUGCUUAAACAUGAGGUGGUGGCAGAUGACUGGCACGACAAUGGGCUUCAGGAUCUCGUCAUGGUAUCUCUGUGCAUUCAAACUGCCAUCGCUAAAAUGUAGUUAUGUUUGUUCACAAUGUUGACCUCAGCAAACCGCUUGCCCACACGACGCCAUCCACGUGAUCUGCCAUCUGCCCGGCACAGUUGAAACCGGGAAUAAUCCGUGAAGAGCACACUUCUCCAACUUGCCAGUUGCCAUCGAAGGUGAGCAUUAGCCCACUUUAGACACCCAACUGCAGUCACGUCAACCCUGGUGAGGACAAUGCGCACGCAGAUUAACUUUUCUGAGACUGUUUAUGACAGUUUGUGCAGAAAUUAUUCUGUUGUGCAAUCCCACAGAUUCAUCAGCUGUACGGGUGGCUGGUUUCAAUUCUCUAAAAUGACGUUGGUGGCGGCUUAUGGUAGAGAAAUGAACAUUAAAUUAUCUGGCAAAAGCUCUAGUGGACAUUCCUGCAGUCAUGCCAAUUGCAUGCUCCCUCAACUUGAGACAUCUGUGGCAUUGUUGACAAAACAGCACAUUUUACUGGCCUUUUGUCCCCAGCGCCUGUGUUCAAUCAGCUUCUUGAUAUGCCACACCUGUCAGGUGGAUGGAAUAUCAUAUCUUUGCAAAGGAGAAGUGCUCACUAACAGGGAUGUAAACAAAUUUGUGCACAAUUUGAGAAGCAUUUUGUGCAAAUGGAACAUUUCUGGGGUCUUUUUUUUAAAUUUCAGCACAUGAAACAUGGGACCAAGACUUUACAUGUUGCGUUUAUUUUUGUUCAGUGUAAAUCCAUGAAACUGAGGCAAUGACACAACAAAAUGUGGAAAGUUCAAGGAGCUUAGACUUUCAAUAGGCACUGUAAAAUGUUUACAACUAAUCCAUUACUUACUUAUUAUUAGUAUGUACACUUAUGAUGAGAUAUCUGUGUUCUUGGCUGCAUCAGUAUGUCUUUACGCUCCAGGGUGAAGUUUUCCUCCAGGAACGUAUGCCAAUCCUAACCUUAACCAUUAGUGGAACAAAUGCUGAACUGAGCCAAGAUCGGCGUCUAGGGUCGACUUUACCCUUCACCUUGUUUUCCCCACAGCACUUUGACUCACUAUCUCCUCUGUCUGUAGGAAUGCUGGAGACUGGAAGGAUGUACAUAACACUGUGUGGCUAUAAUCCACGCUGGGAGGACUUGAGUGCCACGCAAAAGAAGAGCUUGAAUCACCGCUACCAAAGCGGCUGCGUUUGAACGGUGUGUGAUGGGGAAUUAUAGUAAUAUUACAGUACACCAGUUUUGUUCAAUAUUUACGCUGCACUUUUUUAAAAGGACGUAUACAUGAGCUAGAGUAUGGGGUAAUGAUCAGUCAGUUAUCUUGGUCUUUCUCUCUCCCUACUCCGAUACACAGAUCAUCCCCUGCUCCUCCCUCCCCUGUCCGACCAGUUCCCUAGAUGAGUGCCUGUGGACAGAUUGGGGGACUGACAAUGGCCAAAACCUUGUCUGUAUCAAGAGUAGAGAUGGGUCUUGUGCCUGGAAG